AAAGCUAUCAUGGGUUUCCGGGUCAAACCGUAACAGUCCGUUUUUUCCUGCAGCAGCACGGGGGGGAUUGGUCCGGAAAACCCGAACCCCGCUUACAAGCACAGCACUGCACGGGAUUCUAAACGUUUUUCGCGAUUCCUGCAUAACGGCUACGCACGCGACGUCACUGUGACACGGUUUUUAGCGGAGAUCGGUUAAACAUCGAUCUCUAGUCCACCGCCUCCCGUUCUCUCCGUCUCUCUCUAACCAGUCAAUAUCCAGCUUAGGCAGUGGUUAGUUAAAUUCUACUCACUAACCGUGGACUAUAUUUUCCAACGCCACUUGCUCCAGACUGAGAGGAAUCACAUCCUGGCGCUUUUUGUUUUUCUUCUCGGAUCUCUAUGCUUUGGAUUUAGGGAUUUGGGGCCCCUUUGGGGUGGUGGGGGGGUUUAACCCACAAUAAUUAGAUUUAAACAAACCCCCCCGCCUGUUAUCUAUUUUUAAACUUUUCACAAAACUUCACACAUUCAGAUCGGAAAUAGACAUCGCAUUCGCACUACCAGAGCAUUUCACAGACUAUCCACCAUUCAUUUUCAACCCUCGGAGCUCCAGGCGGUCAGAGCGCCGCUGUCAAGCCGGGGAACGAGCGCUGCUCAGCGGCCACCGCGCUUUAUCUUUACCGCCGCUGCUAUCAGAUAUCACACGCCUCAAUCGGAUACAAUCACACCCUAUUUCCUGGCUGGUCUACCCAUAAUCGCUGAUUUUUCGUUUGUUUGUGUGUGUGCGCGCGUGUUUAUAUAUUUUAUUUUAUUUUUGCGUGUUUUGGUUUGGAUUUGGAGAUUUCUCGUACACCCUGAGCCCCGUCACGCGCCAUGCCCGGCCCGGUGGCCGGUAGUAAGUCUCGGGUGUAUGCCGAUGUCAACACUUUGAAGAGCAGGGAAUACUGGGACUAUGAGGCCCACGUGCCCACCUGGAGCAACCAGGAGGAUUACCAGCUGGUACGGAAGCUCGGGAGGGGCAAAUACAGUGAGGUCUUCGAGGCCAUCAACAUCAACAAUAAUGAAAAGGUUGUGGUCAAAAUCCUCAAGCCUGUCAAGAAAAAGAAGAUCAAGAGGGAGAUCAAGAUCCUGGAGAACCUGCGAGGGGGAACCAACAUCAUUCAGCUAAUGGACACAGUAAAGGACCCUGUGUCUCGAACGCCUGCGCUUGUCUUUGAAUGCAUCAAUAACACAGAUUUUAAGGAGCUGUAUCAGAAAUUAACAGAUUAUGAUAUACGUUUUUACAUGUAUGAACUACUAAAGGCUCUGGACUACUGCCACAGUAUGGGGAUCAUGCACCGUGAUGUCAAACCCCACAAUGUUAUGAUCGAUCACCAAUUAAGAAAGCUGAGGUUGAUAGACUGGGGUCUCGCUGAGUUUUAUCACCCUGCACAAGAGUACAAUGUCAGAGUGGCUUCACGCUAUUUCAAGGGUCCAGAACUGUUGGUGGACUACCAGAUGUAUGACUACAGUCUGGACAUGUGGAGUCUGGGCUGCAUGCUGGCUAGUAUGAUCUUUCAGAAAGAGCCCUUCUUUCAUGGCCAAGACAACUAUGACCAGUUGGUGCGGAUUGCAAAAGUUCUUGGAACAGAUGAGUUAUUUGGAUACCUGCGCAAAUACCACAUCGAACUGGAUCCACGAUUUAAAGAUCUGCUUGGCCAGCAGACACGGAAGCGCUGGGAACAGUUUGUGCAGACAGAAAACCAGCAUUUGGUGAGUCCAGAGGCUCUGGAUCUUCUGGACAAGUUGCUACGCUACGACCAUCAGCAGAGACUGACUGCCACUGAGGCCAUGGAGCACCCUUAUUUCUAUCCAGUGGUGAAGGAGCAGUCUCACACUAAUGCAGACGGCACUAUAGUGUCAAGCGGAACCAACACACCCCGAUGAGAGCAGGAACUGAAAAUGGAAGGCGUUUGUUACCUCAGAUUUUUUAACCCUCGUGUCUGAAACCUCUUCAAGUGUACAGUGAAAAGUUGGAUCUUCAGCAGCACCUGUUACACCUCGUCUCUCAGACACACACACACACACAAACACGUGCGUACACUCGCAUACACACACCCACUCAGACAUUUCAACUUUCCGUGUCCGUCAAGGUCGGUCUGCCCUUCUAUAACAGGUCUGUUCCUCUAGCUUGAAGAUUUUCCAAGCUUUCCCUCCCCAAAUUUUAGAUGAAAGGAAACUAUCAUAGACUCCGCCCCAAGUACUCUGGCCCCGCCCACGUUAAACUAGGCAUGGAGAAUGAAGAGCAGAAUGAGCCCCCUCCCCCUCCCUCUGUCCUUAUUGGUCUGUGUCUGUGUCUGUUCAGUAUUCAGACCUUGGCGCAGCCUACACAUACUGUAGUAAUAAAGUGGCAUGGUGGACCUUUAUUUCUUUGCUCUAGGUAGAUUGAUUACUAUAUUAAUGAAAAUAAAUGAUUUUUAUUUAGA